AUGAUGAAACUGAACGCAUUUAUAGAAGAGAGUGAUAUCAGCACCACGGAAGGUAUUGAAGAAGUAUGUCAACGGAUAACGGAUAAAGAGCAACAAAUCGAUACCCGUUUGGAGGAUAUCCUUUCGCAACAGUGUCAACUGGAGGCAAAAAUGCGUAACAUAGGAGUAGCGUUGAGUGGACUAAACGUGUUGUCUGAAAAAAGCAGGCAGCUUUCGGACAUGAUCAAUCAUACGGCCACACUAGCCGAGAGUGUAAGCGCCAAAGUGAGAAGAUUGGAUGAAGCGAGGAGUCGCGUUUCGGAAUGUCAACAGCGGGUACACGAUCUAAUCGAUCUUCAACUCUGCAGCCAGGGAGUAAUGAGUGCGAUUCGCGAAGAAGACUUCGAGCAAGGAGCUGGACACGUGAACCGAUUCUUGUCAAUGGACAAAACGCUGCUUCAGAAGACAGCGGACGAUGUAAGCGGAUCUAUAACAUCUGUCAGCCAAGCGGUAUCGACGCUGGAGCAGGCAACUGUGCAAAUCCAACAAAUGGUGAGCCAAAAAUUCGACGAAGCGGUUAAACGAGAUGAUCUUGCAUCGGUGGAAAGGUUUUUCAAGAUAUUCCCCCUGCUCGGUAUGCACGACGAAGGGUUGGAAAAGUUCAUGACGUACAUCUGUGGCAAGCUGCAGAACAAAGCGGCCAAAGAGUUACGUUCCUCUAUGGAUAUCGCAAAAGCGGAAAAGCGUACCGCCGUUGCGUACGCCGACACAUUAACAAUUCUGUUGGAAAAUAUUGCCCGGGUCAUUGAGGUUAAUCAAGCAAUCAUCGAGAGUUGCUAUGGACCGGGACGAUUGGUGCAAAUUUGUCGCAUACUUCAACGGGAAUGUGACGACGAGGUGACGAAAUGUGUCCAGGAGUUCAAUCGCAACCGCCAGACGGGAAGAAGAAUUGCGCAGAUAAACGAUUAUAUUAAAAACGCGGGCGGUAAUUCGACCAUGGGCCACUAUCGAAAACCGUCCGGUGGUGGUUCGAUUGACAAGCUAAACGCAAAGGAUAUCGAUAGUUUAAUUGGGGAGAUCACAAUCAUGCAUUCGAGGGCGGAAUUGUACGUAAAGUUCAUCAAACGAAGGUGUGCCAACGAUUUGGAAAAAAGUUCCCUUUCGCCUGAUGUAAAACAAGAACGGUUAUCCGAACUGCAUGCACUGUUAGCAAAAUCCCGUCUUAACACACAAAUGCAGGAAUUGCUCAGCACGUAUUUGCUGUUCGAGCGUUACUUCAUGGAGGAAAGUGUUCUUAAGGCGAUCGGACUGGAUAAACUAGAGGAAAGCCAGCAGUGUUCCAGCAUGUUGGAUGAUGUUUUCUUUAUCGUACGCAAAUGCAUACGUCGCUCGAACGGUACACAAUCGCUCGACGGAGUAUGUGCAGUAAUCAACAAUGCGGCCAGCUGUCUCGAGGAAGAUUACCUUAAAGCCCUUAAAGCACCUCUAAAAGCCGGUUACCCUACCGGUUACAUCGAUUUGGCACAGGCAUACAAUGCAUUCCAAAGUUCCAUCCAGCAAGGUCGCUUACAGACGAGCGAUUCUGAUCAGGCACGCGGAAGGUUCGUUGCCGCUCUCAAUAACGCCGAUAUGUCAACGGAGUUUAUUGAAACACUUUGGAAGAUGAUGACCGAAGAAACCGAAAUCACAUUCCCAGCGAUGAGUGCGCGGGAGAAGGAAAAAUUAGACAGUUGUUUGGGUGGUUUAAAAUCUGUCGGGGAUUCACUGAAAGCGCUUGUUGAUUUCGGCUUCCAGCAGCUUCGAUCGUCCGCCAUUAAACCGCGGUUGCAUCCAUGGGUCGACCAAUUUUUAACGCACAAUCAUAAUCUUACGGAAGAGGAACUGGCCACGUACGAGGCAAGUGAAACAUUCGUCCAAUUUUUAAUCGUUCAGAUCGAUGGAUUGCUGAAUUCUUUCAAGGUGGCUCUAACACCGCGGAACUAUGAUGCGCUGGUUAGUAUUGUGACGACGGAAAUAACGGCCCGCAUGGAACGGGCCGUUAAAAAAACGACCUUCAACCGAUUGGGAGGACUGGUGCUCGAUCAAGAAAUUCGAGCCCUUGCCUCCUUCCUAACCGGCGCCACAUCCUGGUCAGUGAGGGAUAAAUUAGCAAAACUAUUGCAAAUGGGGACGAUACUAAAUUUGGAGAGUGUGUCCGAGCUGCCGGAGUAUUGGGAGUCCUCGUCGGCCAGUUGGCGUUUAACAGCCAACGAGGCACGUUCCAUUUUGGCACUAAGAAUCGACUUCAAAAUGGAGGACAUUAAAAAGAUUAAAUUGUAA